AUGGCCUCGGUAGCGACCAUCAAUAUACCUCAGCAUGUCAGAUUAUCCUACAUUGCAUUAGCCAGGCGGAGCUUCUCAUCAACCUCCGCACAACAUUCUUCCUCUCAGUUCCACCGAUCCGACUUUGCCAAUCAGCCCUUCACCGGCGCCUAUGAGACUGGACUGCCCACCAGUGGUCCGCUGGGGGGCGCCUCGAUCCAUGGCGCCCCUCGGCUCACUCCCAAAAUGUUGAAGCAGCAUCUCGAUCAGUUUGUGGUAGGCCAGGAUCGGGCCAAGAAAAUCUUGAGUGUGGCAGUGUACAAUCAUUACCAGAGGAUACAAGAGAUACAACGGCAGGAAGAGGAGGCGGAAGAGUUGAUAGCACAGAGAGAACGGAGAGAGCGGCAUCCGGUAGAGGACGAAUUCCCGGGUCAGCAGCCGACCAUACGUCUGGGAGGCCCUCCUACAAGGGAGUUUGAAGGGAGAAUGCAUUCCCCUCCACUGCUGGACAUGACGCCGCUGACCAUUGAGAAAUCAAAUGUAAUGCUGCUUGGACCGUCUGGUGUUGGGAAGACGUUGAUGGCCAAGACACUGGCUCGAGUCUUGUCUGUGCCCUUCUCCAUGUCGGACUGCACUCCAUUCACCCAAGCUGGAUAUAUUGGCGAAGAUGCAGAAGUGUGCGUCCAUCGGUUGCUGGCAGCUGCCAACUACGACGUUUCCCGAGCCGAGAGAGGCAUCAUAUGCCUUGAUGAGAUUGACAAGAUUGCGACCGCCAAAGUCAGUCAUGGCAAGGACGUGUCGGGCGAGGGUGUUCAACAAGCACUGCUCAAGAUCAUCGAAGGUACCACAAUCCAGAUUCAGGCCAAACCAGAGCGGAAUGCUCCACGAGCUGGCGGACAAUCAAGUACAUACCUCACGCACAGUACCCUGGCCGGCAGCGGCUAUACCUCACCAUCAAACACAUCCUCCACCCAACCUUCAAAAGGCGAAGUCUACAACGUCCGCACCGACAACAUUCUCUUCAUCUUCAGUGGAGCAUUUAUAGGUCUACAGAAAGUAGUCAUGGACCGGCUGUCCAAAGGCAGCAUCGGUUUCGGCGCACCCGUCCGCUCCUCCUCGUCUCUCUUCUACUCGCCAUCCUCCUCCUCGUCAUCCAAACCAAAUUCCCACAACGAGCCCAUCCCCAUCCUUCCCGGUUCCGAGGAGGAAGCACUCUACAAAAAGCACCUUCCCUUCUUCACCCCCACCCAACCACCCCAAGACCAAGAUUCCUCUUCCGACCCAACCCUUCCCGUACCAGAACCCACCUACUUCAACCCCCUCGACCUCCUCACCCCGACCGACCUCCAAACCUACGGCCUAAUACCCGAACUCAUCGGCCGAAUCCCAACCACCGCCGCCCUCUCCUCUCUCACCCACAGUCUACUUCUCCGUAUCCUAACCGAGCCCCGCUCAUCCCUGACCGCGCAAUACUCCACCCUUUUCUCCCUGUCAUCUAUUGAACUCCGCUUCACUACCCCAGCCUUACACGUCAUCGCCUCCAACGCGCUGGUCAUGGGCACCGGCGCCCGCGCCCUCCGCACGGAAAUGGAAGCCAUCCUCGGCGACGCCAUGUUCGAGGCCCCCGGCAGUUCAGUCAAGUACGUGCUUGUGACGGAGAAAGUGGCGAGACGGGAAGAAGGGGCGGUGUAUUUCGGGAGGGGCCAGGGCGGGAGGGUUCGAAGGGGAUUGGGAGGAGAAGGUGAGAUUGAAGCGGGAGGGGAGGAGGAAAGAAAGGAGGAGAGGUGGAGAUGGGAGUGGGGGUAUAGGUAG